CAAUCAAAUAAUCUGAUGCAAAGAUCAGCUUCAUUUUAUGAUUUAUUAAUGCAAUAUAAUCAUUACGCUUCUCAAACUUCUUUAGAAGAAGAUCAAUUAACGAAUUCUAAUGGAUUUGCCAGCAAAGCUAAUAGGUUACCAAUAUUAUGUAUUAAACUUCCAAAUAUUUCUAUUGGAAUAAUUGGUGAUUUAUUACAGUUGUUAUUUAAUAAUACUGAAAUCAAAACGGAUGAUAUCUUAGCUUCUACUUUGGCUUUAAAUAUUCAAUUAACUUCUGAUUUUUUUAGUUUAUUAAAUUUUAUCACUUUAUUGGAUUUAUUUGAACUUUAUU